AUGAAUAAGAGUUUCCAUGCUUUUGUGACUGAGGCGGGUGGAUUUGAUGACAUACUAUUUGGAGAAAAAGAUUAUCGUAACUAUAUUGAUAAAGCACGACACCUGUGCCCUGGUAAAGGUGGUGCUCAAGCGUUGUUUGAGUAUUUUAGAAGGAUACAAUACAAGAAUGAUGGCUUUUUCAACCUGAUGGAAUUUGAUGAGGAUGAUAGACUGAAAAGUGUGUUUUGGGCGGACGCCUGUAGUAGAGGGGCCUACAAAUACUUUGUAGAUGUGGUAACAUUCGAUAUUACAUACCUGACAAAUAAGUAUGGAAUGCCAUUUGCACCUUUCAUAUUGCUUGUAACACGUAUUGCAAAAGUCCCUGAGAAGUUUGGUUCCCAUGGUCAAUACAAAUGUGGUCUGAAAAAUAAGUUGUUAUCUUGUGUCUAUGACUCCCUUACAAUCGAGGAGUUUGAGAAUUCUUGGAAGAGCCUCAAGGAUACUUUCAGCUUGUAUGAAAAUGCAUGGUUGCAAAGCUUAUAUGCGGAAAGAGAGUUUUGGGUGCCAAUAUAUUUAAAGAACUCGUUUUGGGUUGGAAUGAGUACAACUCAAUGCAGUGAGAGCAUGAAUGCUUUCUUCGAUGGCUACGUCCAUGCUAGGACAAACUUUAAAGAGUUUGUUGAUCAGUUCAACAAUGCUCUCAAGACAAAAAUUAAGAACAAAAACCAAGUUGACUUUAAUUCAGUUAACUUCACUAUUCAUUGCAUAUCACACUUGGCUAUUGAGAAGAAGUUUCAAGAUGUAUACACAAAUGCAAAAUUUAAGGAGGUUCAACAAGAUAUAAUGGGAAUGAUAUAUUGUCAUUGUCGUUUCGAGAAAAUGGAUGAAGUAAUUGCAACUUACGUGGUCGAUGAUCAAGUUAAGGCUGAAGAUUUCAUCAAGGAGGUUACGUAA